AUGCGAGUGCACGCGAAGGCAGUGUCGGCAGUCGCGUUCUUCAAAGACGGUCGACGGGUCGUCACUGCUUCAAAGGAUAAAACCCUGCGAAUCUGGAACGUGGAGAAAAUAGAAUUGGUGGGAGGGCCAUUCGAGGGACACAGUGACUAUGUGGAUUCGGUCGCUGUAUCACCAGACGAUAGGCAAAUCGCGAGCGGCGGAGGAGAUGGAGUCAUCAUCAUCUGGGACGUCGAUAGCAAGCAGAAAGUACUCGUGGUGAGGCAUGAAGAUAGGGUUAAAUCACUAUGUUUCUCCCCAGACGGCAAGAGACUCGCAAGCGGUUCAUUGGACGGAACAGUUAUUAUAUGGGAUGCAAAGACUGGCACUGUCCUUUCAACACUCGUUCAGGGUCCCGGUCAUCCGUCUUCGGUGUUCUGUGUUGCCUUCAGCCCCGAUGGGCUAAAAUUGGCAUCUGGCACACGGCGCUACAUUCGAGUUUGGAGCACCGAUAACGCCGAUCUUCUGUUUGACAUUGACGCUCACGACGAUUGGGUUCAAAACGUUGUGUGGUCGCCUGACGGCCAGCAACUUGUCUCUGCAUCACAUGACACAACAAUCAAGUUUUGGGACUCCUCAAAUGGAACCCAGAUCGGACAACCUUGCACCAGUCACAAUUCCUCCAUCGCGUCACUUGCCAUCUCUUCCGAUGGCUUUUUCAUUGCCAUCGCCUCGCACAACAAUACUGUGCAAAUGUGGAGCACAAAGUCACACCAGCAGAUAGGACAGGCAUUGGAGCACACCGCGUUGGUUAUCUUUGUUGCCAUUUCUCCCAACGGAGAGUUACUCGCGAGUGGAGACUCUGCUGGAAAUCUUCAGCUCUGGUCCAUCGAGAAUGCAGUUUCCGCAGCAUUCGGGAUGAAGUCUUCAUACAGUGCCUACUUUGCGUACUGCAGUAAAGUGAAGCUUGGACGAAAUCUCUAUUCGGAGGCCCUUUCGCAUGCUGAAAAGGUCAUUGAGCUCAAUCCUUCGUCUUAUAUCGGUUACGAAUUAAAGCAUGCAGCGCUCCACGGAGCACAGCGCCAUGAUGAUGCAUUCAAAGCAUUCACAAUCAUGCUCUCCAAGUUGGAUAAUGCACUUGACCCACAAAUACGACAGCUACGCCAGCAAUACAUCAGUCCAUCUGAAGUAGAAGAUGCUAUUCGACGAGCUAUUGACGCCCAACUGGACAACGCUCCAUUUCGUCUAAUCAACACCUCUACUGGACGUUUGUGCGAUCGAGGUGAACAGAUCAACGCAUUCGCGGAGAGUACAGAGUACAAAGAGCUUUUGCAUUCAUUUGAAAUACAUGCGCCCCUCCAAACAGGGCUCAUCAAAGGGGCGGUCACGAAGUACUUCGGUUGGGUCAUGUUGUCCCAUAGAUGGGAAAGGAAGGAGUUGGGGCUGCACGACAUUCAGGACAAGGUCAUAUACGCCUUAGAUCCGGUCGGAACCGUUAUGAAGUUGCAAAAGUUCUGCAAAGUCGCUCGUGACGCAGGGCAUCGUUGGGCGUGGAGCGAUACAUGCUGCAUCGACCAGAACAACCAUGUUGAGGUCCAGCAAUCAGUCAACUCCAUGUUCACCUGGUAUCACUACUCAGCGCUCACCAUCGUCUACCUAUCCGAUGUUCUUCCUUCAUCAAAGUCUUGCGCGCUUGCAAACAGCAUUUGGAACACGCGAGGAUGGACCGUUCAGGAGUUCCUCGCUCCUAAAAUUAUUCUCUUCUACCAAGCAGACUGGACCCUAUAUCUCGACGACCGCUCAUGCAACCACAAGGAGUCUGUCGCUAUCAUGGGGGAGUUAGAGGAUUCAACUGGCAUAAAUGCGCGGGCGCUUGUCGACUUCCAUCCAGGGACAAGGGAUGCCCGAGAGAAACUUCGAUGGGCGUCAAACCGUGACACCACGAGGGAGGAAGACAUCGCCUACUCUUUGUUUGGCAUCUUUGAUGUCAACCUUCCUGUUAUAUACGGAGAGAAAAGACAAAAGGCGCUCGGACGACUCUUGCAGGAGAUCAUAGCGCAUUCGGGCGACAUCACAGCCCUUGAUUGGGUGGGACAAUCGUCCAACUUUAACAGUUGUCUCCCAGCCGAGAUUUACUCAUACAAUGCUUUGCCAUGCACGCUACCACCUCUAUCCGAAGACGAGAUGCAGAUAUCAGUCUCCAGACUGCGAAACAUUGUGGCUGGGGAGCCGGCUUCGAAAUUGUACACCACUCUUGAGAACCUCAGCGUUCCUCGUUUUUCAAACGCCAGAUUGCAAUUGCCUUGCAUCGCAUUUCCUCUCACAGAAGUCAGGCGGAGGCCUGGUCAAGACGGGGCCACAUGUUUUAGUUAUGAUGUGAAGGCAGCCGGGCUACAAGACCUGCUAGUCAGAACGGAAGACAGGCUUGUUCAAUUCUCGCCUACAAGACGUACUCGGCAGACAUUCUUGCUCGUCCGUCCGUGGAAUCGGUAUGAUCUUGGGCUGAUUAACUUUGCAGACCAGGCGCAGAGCGUAGAAGAUUGGUCCGAACUUCGGUCUCUGUCAGAUCAUACGUUUAAUGGCCACUUUGGACACGACGAACUGGCUACGCGGGAGUUGAGGUUGAUCGUUCGCCUCGCACAACCUUUUGGCGCACUUCUGCUAGCGCAGCAGUGGGGUGGAGAGUAUAAGAGAAUUGCUUCGGAUAACAAUAUCAUCGCGCAAGUUAGGGACAUGGCUUCUGUUGGUGACAUGAUGGACGUCAGGAUGCUGGAGAUAUUGUAG